GCUACACGGGCGCCCAGGUCACACCCGCCGCACCUGGGUCAGUGGCGAGUCGCGCUCGGUCGGCGACGGAGGGCGCAGCGGAGCAGCCGGCUGCGACGUGGGACACUGACACAAGACCGGAGGAUCUCCACGCGCGUGCAGACGCCCGCCCAGACAUGCCGUCCGCCCGCCUACUGCCGGCCGCUCUGCUGCUGAUGCUGCUCUGUAUGGUCAGCAGCGGGCAAGCGGACGAUUCACGCACCAGGCGGCAAAAGCGAUCACCAUUCCUGCCAAUAAACACCGCCGACGCCGACGACGCAGACGGCGCGACGAACGCGACGCGCGACCGGUCGGACGACUCGCGCGGCCUGUUCAAGGACCUGGUGAACGGGGCGCUCUACCUGGCCGGCACGCGCGUGCUCGGCGCCAACGUGACGGACGCGCUGGUGCCGAUCGCCCAGCCGCUCGUCAACCAGAUUGUGCCUGACCGCGACCCAGUCGGCUUCAACGACGGCCGCUUCGUGUUCGGCUUCGGCAACGGCGCCGGGGCCGGCUCCGGCGCCGACAAGGACGAUCAGGCAGCGCCGGCGGCGACGGCGGCGGCGGCGGCGGUACCGGAGCGGCCGCGGCCCUGCACCACACCCCAGGGCGGCCGGGGCGAGUGCCGCGACCUCAGCGCCUGCCCGCAGCUGCUGCUCGACCUCGGCAACCUGCGCUCUAGCAUCUGCUUCCAGCAGAUAUUCGUGCCGGGCGUCUGCUGCCCCAGCGGGACGGCGUCGCCGGCGGCCGGCGCCUUUCCGGGCCUGGCCCGACCGACCACCACCCGGCGUCCGUUCACGCCGCGUCCGACGGCGAUGCCGGCCGUGCGGCCGCAGGAUUUUGCCUGCGGCCAGCCCCAGGCGCCUCAGUUUCGGAUCGUUGGCGGCUCGGAGUCCCGCCCCGGCCAGUGGCCCUGGAUGGCCGCCAUUUACCUGCACGGCAACAACCGCAAGGAGUUCUGGUGCGGCGGGUCACUCAUCUCUCGCCAGUACAUCAUGACGGCCGCCCACUGUACCAAGGAUACCAACGGCAAGAGCUUCCACCCGCGGCAGUUCACGGUGCGGCUGGGUGACUACGACCUGAGCUCCAGCCAGGACGCCUCUGCGCCAGCCGUCUACACUGUCACCUCAUACCGCACGCACCCAGACUUCAAGAUAAACGGCUUCUACAAUGACAUAGCGCUGUUCAAGCUUGAGCGUCCCGUGGAUCUGAACGAGUAUGUGAUCCCCGUGUGUCUGCCGGUGGAGUAUGAAGGCAGCCAGCUGGACGCCCUGGUCGGACGGACGCCAUCCGUCAUCGGCUGGGGAACUACCUACUACGGCGGCCAGGAGUCGGCGGUGUUGCGUCAUGCAGAGCUGCCUGUCUGGGGCCAGCAGGACUGCGACAAUGCCUACUUCCAGCCGAUCAGGGAAAUCUUCAUUUGCGCCGGUUACGCCGACGGCGGCAAGGACGCCUGCCAGGGAGACUCUGGCGGCCCGUUGUUGUACUUCGAGAACGGCCACUGGAUGCAGAUCGGCAUCGUAUCAUUCGGCAACCGCUGCGCCAAGGCCGGCUACCCGGGCGUUUACACGCGCAUCACCCACUUCCUGCCCUGGAUCCGGGAGAACAUGGCGUGAGCUACCGUCACCGUGACACCUGCUUUGACGCCGUCUCGCGAGUCCGGCCUGGGACACGCGACGGCCGCGCGCCCGGCGUGUCGACCCGCCUCCGCCAGCCGCGGCCGGGAUCCUGUGAUGACCUGACCCGC